AUGACGGAGCAACUGGGCGGACAGCCGCAGUUCCAGCGAAUCAUCGAGCGAUUUCUGGAGAAUUUCAAAAGGAUCGGGAAAAACAAUCUCUCUCCCUUUCUGAACGGACACGCGGCCCUAGCCAGGACGAUUUCCGCGGACGUGCGAGCGACCCUCCCCUACUUCAAGGAGAACCAGUUCGAGACGACGAAUGCCGUCUACGAAGCCGCCCUGGAUUACAUGGCCGAGUGCCUCGAAGAGCUGGAACCGGUAGUGAGUCCCAAUCACUCUUUCGCCGCGUCGACCAUGCGUACGGACGGUUCGGCCUUUUCUCUCUCUCACCUUCCGCCCAUUCGAUUGCCCCCUUUCGACGGCAAUUACGAUGAAUGGGAGCAAUUCCGCGAUAGAUUCACCGCGCUUAUCCGUAAGAACAAGGAGCUCGACGACUUCACGCGCAUGCAUUUCUUGUCUUCGUGUUUGAAGGGCCGCGCUGCCGAAUGCAUCGCAAACAUCGCGGUUACCGCCGACAAUUUUGAAAUCGCGUGGCAAACGCUGACUAUGCGGUACGAGAACAAGCGACGAUCCCUCAACGCGCAUCUCUCCUCUAUUCUCAAUUUGUCCGUUCUCUCGCGCGAGUCCGCUUCCGAAUUACGCGCCUUAAAUGACAAAGUCAAUGUCGCGAUAGCUUCACUCGAAAAUCUUAAACGCCGACCGGACGACCUUUGGAACGACAUGUUGGUUCACAUCGUCGCGCAGAAGCUCGACCCGGUCACCCGCAAAGCGUGGAACUUAAAGGAAGGAGACAAAGAUGAUCCGCCUUCCUACGUUGAUCUCCGCCGUUUUUUGGACUCGCGCACUCGCGCUCUAGAGAACUUUUCCCCCUCGCCGUCGGCUAAGGCUGCUCCGAAAGCCGCCACCGCCUCGCGCAUCCACAGCGCAACCGCCUCCGCGAACUCACAAGCAAAGUGUCCUUUAUGUCCCGCGCAACAUUUCAUUAACAGUUGUCCCACAUUCAGCGGGAAGAAUCCGAGUCAACGUCGCGACAUCGUCAAGCAGCACAAACGCUGUUUCAACUGCCUCAGCGCGAAGCACUCUGUCCAAGCUUGUCCGAGCAAAUACUCUUGUCGCGUGUGCCAACAGAAACAUCAUUCGAUGCUGCACGUCAACCCGGAUUCUUCCUCGAAAUUAGCUGAAGCGGACGCGCCCGACAGCUCGUCAACUGCAACGCCGGACCCGAAAUGCGAUGUCAAUUUUUUGUCCGCUUCCCAUACCACGCGUCACAAACCGUCGGUUUUGUUAGCGACAGCGUGGGUGACGGUGAGCGCAGAAUCCGGUCGUUCCGCCGUUGUCCGAGCCUUGCUCGAUCAAGGCUCCGAGAUGACCUUCAUCUCGGAGAACCUUGCGCAAACUCUACGAGCGAGGCGCGCAGACGAGGAUCCCACCAGUCUCUGCCCCAUCAACAUUAUAAUCGGAGCAGAUCUUUACAGCGACAUAAUCCUUGACGGUGUUCGAAAGGGAAAUCCCGGGCUGCCCCUCGCUCAGAACUCCGUCUUAGGCUGGAUCAUUUCGGGACCGAUCGAUGCGUCCUCGCGGGAUGACCGCUCUAACCCCUCGUCGGUCAAUCGCGCCCUCCCGAGUAUUUCCGCUCAUCAUUUGUUCAAUUCCCCGACAUUGGAGGCGAAACUCCGCCGGUUCUGGGAGGUCGAAGAGCUUCCGCAAAACCCGACUCCCGCGUCCAAAGACGUUCUCUGCGAAAAGCAUUUUCGCGCCACUCAUUACCGCGACCCCUACGGUCAAUACGUUCGUCUCCCCUUUAAGAAAGGCCCUCCGAUCUCCAUCGGCGAAUCCAGGCCCCGCGCCGAACAAAUGCUAAAGGCCCUGACGCGCCGGUUCCGGGAUAAACCCGCGUUCGAAAAAGAAUAUCGCGAGUUCUUGGAAGAGUACGAACGAUUAGGACACAUGCGACUCGCGGCCGCUCCUUCGGAUCAAACCGAGCAACACGUGUACAUUCCGCAUCACGGCGUCAUCCGCGAAGGCAGCUCUACCACCCAUCUCCGGGUGGUGUUCAACACUUCGUCAGUCACCUCCAACGGAACUUCCUUGAACGACCACUUACAUGUCGGUCCGAAACUGCAACGCGAGAUCAUGGCUAUCAUUAUGCGAUGGCGCCAGUACCGCUACGUCUAUUCGGCUGAUAUCGCAAAAAUGUAUCGCCAAAUUUGUAUCGAUUCUCGCGACGUGAAUUAUCAGCGCAUCGUUUGGAUUCGGUCAUGCCUCGAGCCGUUAGUUUCCUUCAUAUUGCUCACAGUAACGUACGGAAUGAUAUGUGCGCCCUAUCUAGCCCUACGCGUUUUGGAGCAACUUAGCCUCGACGAAGGUCAAAACUUUCCUCUCGCGACCCUUAUUCUUCGCGACAACAUUUAUGUCGACGACGUGUUGUUCGGUGCUGACGAUACCUUUCGCAUACGGCAAGCGUGUAAUCAGCUCGUGUCAUUGUUGCGACGCGGCGACUUCGAAUUAAGGAAAUGGGCUAGCAACAGCCCCUCCCUUCUAUCGGAUCUCGACGCCGCCGAUCACGGCCUCGCCUGUCACAAACAACUCGCGCAAGACGAAUAG